GGUUUGCUAGAUAGAAGACUAUUCUUACAAAGUGUUUACGAUUCCAUGUGCAUGAAAUCUUUACAGUACUCUGUGCAAAAAACUUGGUGAAAAAGGAUUUUUUCCGCCUUCCUGAUCCAUUUGCUAAAGUGGUGGUUGAUGGAUCUGGGCAAUGCCAUUCUACAGAUACUGUGAAGAAUACACUCGAUCCAAAGUGGAAUCAGCAUUAUGACCUGUAUAUUGGAAAGUCUGAUUCAGUUACAAUCAGUGUAUGGAAUCACAAGAAGAUCCAUAAAAAACAAGGUGCUGGAUUUCUUGGUUGUGUUCGUCUUCUUUCCAAUGCCAUCAACCGCCUCAAAGACACUGGUUAUCAGAGGUUGGAUCUAUGCAAACUUGGGCCAAAUGACAAUGAUACAGUUAGAGGACAGAUAGUAGUAAGUCUUCAGUCCAGAGACCGAAUAGGCACAGGAGGACAAGUUGUGGACUGCAGUCGUUUGUUUGAUAAUGAUUUACCAGAUGGCUGGGAAGAAAGGCGAACUGCCUCUGGAAGAAUUCAGUAUCUUAACCACAUAACAAGAACUACACAAUGGGAACGCCCAACAAGACCGGCAUCUGAAUAUUCUAGUCCUGGCAGACCUCUUAGCUGCUUUGUUGAUGAGAAUACUCCAAUUAGUGGAACAAAUGGUGCAACAUGUGGACAGUCUUCAGAUCCCAGGCUGGCAGAGAGGAGAGUCAGGUCUCAACGACAUAGAAAUUAUAUGAGCAGGACACAUUUACACACUCCUCCAGACCUACCAGAAGGCUAUGAACAGAGGACAACACAACAAGGUCAGGUAUAUUUCUUACACACUCAAACUGGUGUGAGCACAUGGCAUGAUCCAAGAGUACCUAGGGAUCUUAGCAACAUCAAUUGUGAAGAGCUUGGUCCUUUGCCUCCUGGAUGGGAAAUCCGUAAUACUGCAACAGGCAGAGUUUAUUUCGUUGACCAUAACAACAGAACAACACAAUUUACAGAUCCUCGACUCUCUGCCAACUUGCAUUUAGUUUUAAAUCGGCAGAACCAGUUGAAAGACCAACAGCAACAGCAAGUGGUUUCAUUAUGCCCUGAUGAGACAGAGUGUCUGACAGUGCCAAGGUACAAGCGAGACCUGGUUCAGAAACUGAAAGUCUUGCGGCAAGAACUUUCCCAACAACAGCCUCAGGCUGGCCACUGCCGCAUUGAGGUUUCCAGGGAAGAGAUUUUUGAGGAGUCAUAUAGACAGGUGAUGAAAAUGAGACCAAAAGAUCUCUGGAAGAGAUUAAUGAUAAAAUUUCGUGGAGAAGAAGGCCUUGAUUAUGGAGGGGUUGCCAGGGAAUGGUUGUAUCUCCUGUCACAUGAAAUGUUGAAUCCGUACUAUGGCCUCUUCCAGUACUCAAGAGAUGACAUCUAUACAUUGCAGAUCAACCCUGAUUCUGCAGUGAAUCCAGAACAUUUAUCAUAUUUCCACUUCGUUGGACGAAUAAUGGGAAUGGCUGUGUUUCAUGGACAUUAUAUUGAUGGUGGUUUUACAUUGCCUUUUUAUAAACAGUUGCUUGGAAAGUCAAUUACUUUGGAUGACAUGGAGUUAGUUGAUCCAGAUCUUCAUAACAGUUUGGUGUGGAUACUUGAAAAUGAUAUUACAGGUGUUUUGGACCAUACUUUCUGUGUUGAACAUAACGCAUAUGGUGAAAUUAUUCAGCAUGAACUCAAACCAAAUGGCAAGAGUAUCCCUGUUAAUGAAGAAAAUAAAAAAGAAUAUGUCAGGCUCUAUGUGAACUGGAGAUUUUUACGAGGCAUUGAGGCUCAGUUCCUGGCUCUGCAGAAAGGGUUUAAUGAAGUGAUUCCCCAGCACCUGUUGAAGACAUUUGAUGAGAAAGAGUUAGAGCUCAUUAUUUGUGGACUUGGAAAAAUAGAUGUCAAUGACUGGAAGGUAAACACCCGGUUAAAACACUGUACACCGGACAGCAAUGUCGUUAAGUGGUUCUGGAAAGCUGUGGAGUUUUUUGAUGAAGAGCGACGAGCACGAUUGCUUCAGUUUGUGACAGGAUCAUCUAGAGUGCCUCUGCAGGGCUUCAAAGCACUACAAGGUGCUGCAGGCCCACGCCUCUUUACCAUCCACCAGAUCGAUGCCUGUACUAACAACCUGCCAAAAGCCCAUACCUGCUUCAAUCGAAUAGACAUUCCGCCCUAUGAAAGCUAUGAAAAGCUCUAUGAAAAGCUGCUAACAGCCAUUGAAGAAACAUGUGGAUUUGCUGUGGAAUGAUGAACUUCAAGGACUUACCCAGACUCUAUUUAUACCCCUGACUGACAGCCUCCCUUCAGCAGAGUUUAAAGAAUGCUGAAAUACAGGAAAACGCCCUACCCCCCUUUUAAAUUUUAGGACACUGUGAGGGGAAAGGACAAUUUUGAAAUUCCUUUUCAAGGAAAAAAAAAAAGUCUUUAUGCUUUGCCAUGAGGACACAUUCAGCUGCUAUUAAAAUUAAUAUCUUGAACCUUACAGAAUGCUGACUUUUCCUGCAUUUCCAGAGUUAGGCAGUAUUCUACACUUAAAGACUACUACUAUUUUUAUAAAAGGUAAUCUAUUCAGAAUGCUUCACAGAUUUCAAGUUUUUCAUACAUCAAGACAACUUCAGCAGUCGGUACAAGUCACAUUUCAUUUUGAUUGAAUACAUGAUUUUGAACAGCUCCUGUACUUGCUCUUUGUAAAAAUAAAUAAAUAAAGUUAUUUUGAAUUAUUCUACCUUUGUAAACAAUUGGCUAAAAAAAUCAUUAUCUUUGAGAAAUUAAGCCAUUUACAUGUUUAAUCAUGUUUUUCUAUAGAGCAUUAUAUUUUGCAUUAUGUGGUUCAACCUAGCCUAUGUGGGUUGUUUUUAUAUUUUUCAAGCAUGGAUUUCCUGGAAAUACAGCUGUAUAAUUUUGGUUAUCAAAUUCAUAAUACAACCAUUUUGUCUAAACUUAGUAGUUUAUUUCUUAUCUAAGAUAUGUUCAGGGGUUCCUGUUUUUAAGAAGACUUAAAAAAAAAACUGAUGUUUUUAUCUUGAAUCAAUAUGAUCAGGAGUUUUUGGAAUUACUUUUCACCUUAAAUUGAAAUACUGCAUUUUUAUAGUUUCUCAGAGCAUGUGGAAGGGAUAGGAUUUUCAUUCUUUUGCUGGGUCAGCUUGUCUUUAGUAUAUAUACUACUCUUAUAAACCAAAGCCUCUAAUAAGUGCACCUAAUUUAUAUUUUAAUUACAGUGUAAGUGUCUAUCAAGUAAACCACGCUGGAGCUUUGUUUAGCUGCUUAUAACUUCAGUCAACUAAAAUUAUCAAGAAUGAAAAUUUUCUUCUAAAUAUUAUUUAGCAAGCUUUAACUCUGUGGUACAAAUCACUUUAAAACGGAAGAAUUAAUUUUGGAAGUAAAGGAAUCCCAGUUCCCUAAGUGUUGAAAAUUUGCAUCUGACUUUCAAGGUGCGUGGCAUGUCAUUCAAUCCAGAAGGCAACCAAAACUCCAGGGUGAGAGAUUGGAAAAAUCUGAAAUCACAGGUGGAUUUUUAAAUUCAGCCAACAAAAAAUAUAUACCUUCUGUUUUUAAAAACAUUGAUGUGAUAUUUUGGACAACUUUUGGAUUUUGCAGUUUAAAUAUCAAGUGAAAAGAAUAUUUAUGUUCUGGUUCAUGUGAUAUAGUGGGUUCUAGUCUGUGUUUUUGAAGCCAAAGGGUUCCUCAGAGGUGCCGGAUGAGUGAUGGUUUAGAAAGGGAGGGAAAGCCUAGCCUAUCCUCAUCCCUUCCCCCUUCACCCAAAGCAGCUUCUAUUUUUUCUUUUAUAUAUUGGAAUUCUAAGUAAGCUUUCCUGGGGUGUGUUGGUAUGUGGGGGGGGGUAGGGAAAUGAGUAGGAUAAAACAAGUGGAGACUUUGCUGCUUUAAAAACAGUUUUCUGAGUAUUUUAAUGUAUUUUAUUUGGCCAAAUUUGACUGCUACAAAAACUAGUCAUAAUAACUGUGCAGCAGUAAUGUGCAGAUAUGCCAACUUUUCUUCCCACUGUUUUUCCUACUGCAUUCUUAGUACUGAAGAAAAUCUUGAAAUGUACAGAAAUGCUAUUUGAUUAUCAGUAAUUUUUAGCUUUUGUGAAAGUACAUUAGUUACAGGUCCAUCUCUCUUUUCUAUAAAGCACGAGUGCAGUUUGUAGUUGUGCCUACUCUUAUAAUAUUUCAGUAAAAAGUAAAUACACGAUGAAUACUUUCUAGAAUUCAUAACUGACAGGGAUGCCGUAAUAAUAAAAUGAUAUUAACAGUUUUCUUGUACAGUAUAAAGAAGGCAGAGCUGGGCGCGUGGUGCUCACUUGUAAUUCCAGUUACUCAGGAGGUUGAUGAUCACAAAUUUGAGGUCAGCCUCAGCAAAUUACUGAGACCCCCAUCUCAACAAUCAAAAGGGGCUAGGGAUCUAGCUUAGUAGUAGAGUACCCCUGGGCUCAAUCCCCAGUACCACACAUACACACAAAUAAAUAAACAUGAAUAAGUAAAAAUUAAACAGGCAAAUGUCAUCUCUUUUUGAGUGCCUUUUAACUUUAUAAUAAUGACUUAAUAGAACUUAAAGAGAAAGAAAUUAUCCUACAUAAUAUGUCUAUGGUACCACCAACAUAAUAAAUGAAAACAUGAUUUAGAUUUCAAUUUCAAAAUUACAUUAACUGAUUACUUUCAAAUGGGUGCUAAUCAAACAAAAACACGCAGUGUGUCAUUGAAACUUGGAUUUGCACCUCAUGUUUAAUGUGAAUAUUUAUUUCCACACAUCCCUUUAACUGUUUUUCUUCCCUGUCCUUUCUCUAGCUAUUAUUUCAGAUAAUGUUAAGUGUCAUCUUUCCAUACUUUUGCCAAUUCCAUCAUGAAUUCAUUAUUUUGAACAGUGAUUACUUUGUAGAGCUUAUAUGCAGUACAGCGGUGCAUUUUGAUUCAGAGGGCUUGUUUCUUGAUGUAAAGAGUUUUUAAAUAGUGCUGUGUAUAGUGUACAUUGUUUUGCACAUAGUUUGUUGCCCUGAAUGGGUUUAUUUUUUAUCAAGUCCUUUUUUCUUUCUUGUAUUUACAAUCCAGAGCACAAGUUUCUCCUCUUUUAAAUACAAUGUAAUUUGCUUUAUUUUACAACACUAAAUCUGCUUUAAACUUCGGGUGCAUUGGACUGAUUGCACUGGCGGGAGUUAGAGAUGGUUCCAGCCACCUCUGUGGUCUGGUAGAGCAGCUCCCUCUGCUUCUGUGUUUAAGCUGCAGCGUAGUCAACGGGUGCCAUUUGUUGUGGUAUUUAACAUUCUUACGGUAGGAUGAUGAUUGUACCAAAUGCUGAGUUGUUUUAUUUCUAAAUGUAAUUAGUUCACCUUAUGUAAUUUUCUUCCUUCUCUUGAACUGACUUUAAAAACAAAGUUUUAUCAUUUUCGUUGUAUUUGUAUUUAUUACAGAGUGUUUUAGCUUUGAUAUUCUUUGUAUUUUCACUCAGUUACAUGAGCUUUAUCGAUAACAUCUACAUAAAUGGUUUUUAAAAAUUAACUAUGUAUGUGCCCAUGCCGAAGUUGAGCAAUAAAAUGAAUGCUGUUUGCACUAUCACAGCAUCAAAGUUUUUAAAGAA